AUGGCUACAAUGGCCCAAAAAAAGCCGGGACGCGAGCAGAAUGUACGCGUCAAGGACGCCAGUUCCCCGUUCGAAUCGCUGGAUGAUACUGCUGCCGGUCCCAAGCAGGAAGGGCAGGCAAUAAUUGAGUCUUCGGGUGUCGAGCAACCAAAGAGUAAGACUAAGAAACCCCUGGCCUUCUAUCUCGCUUUCUUCGCCAUCAACAUCAUCGUCUUUGUCUUUUCCCUCGAUGCCACCUCUCUCGCCGUCGCUAUCCCGUCUAUUGCUGACCAGCUUCACGGCACGACCCUGCAGUCCUUUUGGGCCGGCAUCUCCUUCCUACUGGCGGUCGUCAUCACGCAGCCUCUCUACACGAGUCUCUCAGACAUUUACGGCCGCAAGCCUCUGCUCCAAGUGGCCUUUGUCUUCUUCGCCGUGGGGUCUGUCGUUUUCGCGCUCGCCCACAGCAUGGCGGGCAUCAUCGCUGGCAGAGUACUCCAAGGCUUUGGUGGCGGCGGAUUGGAUGUCCUCGGCGAGAUUAUUGUCGCCGAUAUGACCACGUUGAAGGAUUGUGCGGUUUACUUGGGCAUUAUGGCUAUACCUACUGCUGCGGGAAGCAUCCUGGGCCCAUCUGUUGGUGCCAUUUUUAGCCAAUACGUGAGCUGGAGAUGGAUUGGGUGGGUAAACCUACCUUUUCUCGGUGUUGGUUACCCCCUCGUCCUCUUUUUCCUUCACCUAAGGCGUCUUGAAUCGUCACUGUUAGAAAAGACACGACAGCUCGAUUGGACCGGCAUGCUGCUCUUUUCCAUUGGCUGCAUAACUUUCGUGCUGCCUCUAAGUUGGGCAGGCACGCUAUACAUGUGGAGCUCAUGGCGGACGAUUCUCCCUCUGCUCAUUGGCGUCUUGCUCCUCGGCGCCUUUGCCUUCUACGAGGCGAGGCCCGAAAUGCCCAUAAUGCCGCAUCGCCUCUUUGGCAGGACCGCGUCGGCGACUCUCCUAGGGGCCUUUCUGCAUGGCAUGAUGCUGUUCAGCCUCAUGCAGUAUCUGCCCUUCUUCUACCAGGCUGCCCUGCGCAAGACCCUCGUCCAAUCCGCCCUGACGUUGCUUCCGACGAGCAUUGCCAGCGUUCUCACUGCCGGGUUCUCGGUGACGGCGGUCGGCCUUAUGCGCUCGUAUCGCUGGGUCGUCUGGUUGUCCUGGGUUCUCAUCACAGUGGGGGCUGGUCUUCUCGCCGUCAUGAGCGAUUCCUCCGGUGCGGGCAUGGCUUACGGUGUUCCUGUCAUCUGCGGCGGGGGAAUAGGAGCACUUCUCCGGGUCCUUCAUCUUCCUCUGCAGGCAAGCGUUCCGCACGUUGAUGAUACCGGGUUAGCAAUCGGGCUCCUGAUGUUCUCCCGCCUUCUUGGCGGCCUCAUCGGGUUGGCUGUCAGCUCUACGAUAUUCAGUAGCGUGUUCCAGCGCAAGAUUGCCGCCGUUGCCCUGCCGGAUUCGUUAGUCGUACUGCGGGAUGCCAACGAGGCCAUUAGGUUUAUACCGCAGUUGAGGACGCUGGACCCGUCCCAGGUGCCCAUAGUCCCUGUGGUGCAUGCCUAUUUGUCGGCUUUUCGGGUCAUAUUCUACGCCAUGGCGGGCUUUGGUAUGCUGGGCUGUUUGACUUCGCUGUUUACUGAGGAGUUGAGUAUUCAGAAGGAGGAGUUGGGUAGACAGCAGUUUGAGACGCCAUAG